AAGAGAGAGAGAGAAAGAGAGAGAGAGGGAGAGGGAGACGAGACCGGGGGAAAAAGUUGACGCUGGGACAUCGAGAAGGUGGAUUUUUCUUUCCUCCCCCUCCCCCAGCGCCAAGCCAUCCCCUUGGUUAUUUUUCCUCCCUUGCAGGCCACUUGUUGCAGAUUCCCGUGAAAGGCGCUGGGAGUGUGACAGCCGCUUUGGCGAGAAGUGGUGCUUUCCUUUUUCUACUUCUUUAUUUUUUUAUUUUUUCCAUUUGCUCUGGGAAGCUGCUUCACGAGUUUGUCCUGGGCCGUUUUCUUCUUCCUUGUCUGGACUCGAUCUUUUUUUUUUUUUUUUUUUUUACCACCACCUCCCCUGCACCGUCCCCUCGUCUUCUGUGUCCCCGCCACGCCUGCCUCGCCCCAGGCGAAGAAGAGAAGAGGCUCUACUCGAGGAGAGGAGUGUUUGUGGCCGAAGGAGGCGAAGGGGGCGGGUGGGCCUGGGGUAGUGGUGGUGCCGAAAAGAUUGGAGAGAAGAGUGCCAAAGGGAAGGAGUGAAUCCAAGAGUGAAGGACUGAGACACACGGGUCGAGUGAAAGCACUCGAGCCCAAGGACUUGGACUUGGCGGCUCCGCUCGGCUCGGCUCGAUUCGGCUCGGCCCGAGGGCCGGAGGAAGGGUGGGGGGGAGGCGGGCGAAGGGGGGGCGGGGGGCGAACGGCGAGCGAAGCAGCACCGGGCUGAGGCCAUGCAGGCGCGCUACUCCGUGUCCAGCCCCAACUCCCUGGGAGUGGUGCCUUAUCUCGGCGGGGAGCAAAGCUACUACCGGGCUGCCGCGGCCGCCGCCGGGGGCGGCUACACAGCCAUGCCGGCCCCCAUGAGUAUGUAUUCCCAUCCGGCCCAUGAGCAGUAUCCCGGCGGCAUGGCCCGCGCCUACGGGCCUUACACCCCGCAGCCUCAACCCAAGGACAUGGUGAAACCCCCUUACAGCUAUAUCGCUCUCAUCACCAUGGCCAUACAAAACGCCCCAGACAAAAAGAUUACUCUGAACGGCAUCUACCAGUUCAUUAUGGACCGCUUCCCUUUCUACCGGGACAAUAAGCAGGGCUGGCAGAACAGCAUCCGGCACAACCUCUCGCUCAACGAGUGCUUCGUCAAGGUGCCCCGGGACGACAAGAAACCCGGCAAAGGCAGCUACUGGACCCUCGACCCGGACUCUUACAAUAUGUUCGAGAACGGCAGCUUUCUUCGGCGGCGGCGGCGCUUUAAGAAGAAAGAUGCGGUCAAAGACAAGGAGGAGAAGGACCGUCUACACCUCAAGGAGCAAUCCCAGCAGCAAUCCCACCACCAGCCCCCUCCCCGGCAGCAGCAGCAGCAGCAACAACAACAGCAGCAGCAAUCAGAGCAAGCCGAAAGCGGCUCGGCAGGGGGCUCGGGCAGUGGAAGUUCACAGCAGCAGCAGCAGCCGGUGAGAAUUCAGGAUAUUAAGACAGAGAAUGGUACGUGCUCCUCACCACCUCAGCCACUAUCCCCAGCCGCGGCUGCUCUCGGUGGCAACGGCAGUGCUGCGGUCCCUAAAAUCGAAAGCCCCGACAGUAGCAGCAGCAGCCUGUCCAGCGGCAGCAGUCCCCACGGCAGUAUCCCUUCGAACAGGUCUCUGAGCCUAGACGGGGGAGAGCACACACCGCAGCCGCAGUCGCAGCCGCCGCAUACGCAGCAGCAGCAGCAGCAGCAUAGCCAAGGCUUCAGCGUGGACAACAUCAUGACCUCGUUGCGGGGCUCGCCGCAGGGCUCAUCCUCGGAGCUCAGUUCCAGCCUUCUGGCCUCCUCCGCUGCCACUUCAUCUAGGACGGGCAUUCCUCCCUCCCUCUCACUCAGCGGCUUCUCCCCAGGACAGAGUUCCAUCUACAGCUCCCCAUGCAGCCAAAGCACCAACGCAAGCAGCGCUAGCGGCGGAGGUGGCGGCAGUGCUGGCGGGGGAGGCGGCGGCGGCGGCGGCGGCGGUGGUACUGGGGGAGCCGGGACCUACCACUGCAACAUGCAAGCCAUGAGCCUGUACGCUGCUGGAGAAAGGGCAAGUCACUUACAAGGCGGGCCCGGCAGCACGGGCAACUCAGCAGUGGACGAUCCCUUGCCCGAUUAUUCUCUGCCCCCUGUCACCAGUAGCAGCACGUCUUCCCUGAGUCACGCCGGCCAGGAGCCGAGCCAUCACCCGGCAGCCCACCAAGGGCGCCUGACCUCUUGGUACCUGAAUCAGGCGGCUGGAGACCUGGGCCACUUGGCCAGUGCGGCCGCGGCAGCCGCAGCAGCGGGAUAUCCCGCACAACAGCAGAACUUCCACUCUGUGAGGGAGAUGUUUGAGUCGCAGAGGAUUGGCUUGAACAACUCUCCGGUGAAUGGGAAUAGCAGCUGUCAAAUGGCCUUUCCUUCCAGCCAGUCGCUCUACCGCACGUCAGGGGCUUUUGUCUAUGACUGCAGCAAGUUUUGACCAAAACAAAGCAGCAAAACAGCCCCCUCCCCCGAAAAAAAAUCAGAUCCAAAACCGAAACCAAAAAAAUUAAAAUCCCCAAUUAAAAAACCCAAACUUUUAAACUCCACUUACAAGCCAGCAGAAUGUCUCCCAAAAUAAAGCCUACCAAAAAAAAAAAAAAGCACAAAGAAAACUGUAUUUUCUUAAUUAAUUUGAGAGCCACUUAGCUCUCCCUAAGUAAACCAAACUGUAAAGUAUUUUGUACAGAGACAGCAAAAUCUUGGUUUGUUAAAGGACAGUGUUACUCCAGAUAACACGUAAGUUUCUUCUUGCUUUUCAGAGAUCGUUUUCCUUCCCCUUUAACAUCUUUCCUUCAUCCUCAACCCUCAACCUCCAUCCUUAAGAUAUUAUUUUAUCCUAUGUUUAAAGGCAGAGGAGGGAAUUCCCAUAUAUUGCAGUUGCUUUCUCCCCCCCCCAUGGACUUGUUUUAAAAUGUAAAUUGCAAUAUAGUAAUUUAUUUUUAAUGUGUAGUGGGAUGUUGUGGACCAAACGCCAGAAAGUGUUUCCAAAAACUGACGUUAAAUUGCCUGAAACUUUGAAUUGUUUUUUUUUUUUUCAUUAUAAAAGGGAAACUGUAUUAAUCUUAUUCUAUCAAUCAUUUUUUUUCUUUUUGUUGAACAUAUUCUGAAGGUAUUGCAUUGUUUGUUUAUUAAUAAAUUUACCAUUCAAUUUGAAUGAGA